AUGGCGUGUAACCUCAAGCUAGCCGGCCUCCCAUCUUACACGUGCAGAGCCUGUGGGUUUCAUCUCCACGAGAAAUGUUCAGAAUUACCUCAGAAGAUCAAACACCCUUUCGACCAAAUCCAUCUCUUGACCCUAAUUCCCUCUCCCCAAUACCCGGAGGGGCUUUUCAGAUGCGAUGCUUGUGGGAAAGAUGGAAAUGGUUUCUCAUACCAUUGCGGAGAUUGCGGGAUUGAUCUCCACACGAUCUGCGCGAACAUGCCUUCCAGAAUCUCCCACCAUUCUCACCCUCAACACGAGCUCCGCCUCACGUUUUUCAUCCCAGACAGCUCCAGAAGCUUCUUCUGCAGGAUAUGCCAAGGUACGGGGUCGAAUUCGUGGAUGUACAGUUGCCAAGAGUGUAGAUUCAAUGCCCAUUUGAUUUGUGCAAGAAAAAGGAUCGGUCAGACAAGUCGAGCAAGCUCUAAUCCCGCCCAGAACAUCAUCAACAACAACAACUACAUGUACCAGACAAACCCGCCGCCGCAGGUUGUGGCUGCGCCACUGUUUCGCGGACAGGCUAACCUGAUUCCUAACCUAACGCCUCCAACAGUUAACCCGAACAUCAGAACUGCUUUGGCAAGUUUUCAUCAACUGAUGAACAGUAAUUCCAUCGGAUUCGAUCCUUCAUCGACGCAAGGAUUGGAUCCAUCGAUGUUUUCUGGGUUCGAUUUUUCAAACUUGGCAGGAAUUGAUCCUUCUGUGUUCGCGGGAAUCGACCCUUCAGCACUUGCAGGAGUACUUGGAUUCUUCUGA